CUACAUUUAGUUCCUCAAAUGGCCAAUAGAUCGCAUUCGCUGUAUGAACCCACGCGGUUGGAAAGUGGCAUCUGCUCGUUGAGUACGUAAGUAAAAGGACAUGGCUUCACACUCUCUUGCAGAUGAUGAAAUUUUGUGUGAAUUGGAGAAAGAAUUUGUUGAUAAUGAGAGUGGGGAUGACAACAUCGACAAUUCAGAUGAUGAUCCUGACGUUGUCCAAGAAGAAUUGCAUCAAAUUUCAAGUUCAGAGAAUGAAGAAAGUGAUCCUAUUAUGGAUGUAGAACCACAAAAUAUCCGUCCUGACAACAGUGAAAGGAGGCCAAGACAAAGGGGCAGCCCAGCAAGAUAUCAUACUGGGUCUACAGAGGAGUGGACUGAUAUAGACUGUUUUCCAAGUAUUGACAUUUUUAGUGGGGACCAUGGUGUAACAAAUUUAUGUGGAUUAGAUGCCGACUCUUCAGUUCUGGAUUUAUUUUCAUAUUUUGUGGACAGGGACCUUCUUGCUCAUUACAAAGAUCAGACAAAUCUUUAUGCUAGACAGAAGCUAAGGCAACUGACAAGUGGAGGUCGGCUCACUCCUGCAUGCAGGAUGUUUGGUUGGACAGGCGUCACUUUAGUGGAAGUAAAAAAUUCCUGGCUUUAAUUUUCCACAUGAGCAUCAGCCAAAAGCCCUUUAUAGAAGAUCAUUGGAGCCAAGAUCCUUGUCUGUCUUGUAACUACUGCCCAAAUCUGUUGACCAGAAACAGAUUCCUACAGAUUAUGUCAAACUUCCAUUUGAAUGAUAAUUCAUUGGAAAUCAAGAGAGGUGAACCUGGGUACGACCCAUUACACGAGGUCCACCCUCUAGUUGAAACCAUCUGUUUACAGUUUCAGCAGGCGUACCUGCCUGACCAUGACAUAAUGGUUGAUGAAGGCAUGUGUAAAUAUAGAGGCAGAAUUUAUUUCAAGCAGUAUCUGCUACAAAAACCUAGCAAAUAUGGCAUGAAAUUAUGUAUGCUCUCAGAGUCUAACUCUGGUUAUAUUUGGAAUUUACAGAUUUUCUGUGGCAAAAGCAAUGUUGUGGUUGACAUUGUGAAAAAUCUACUUGGCACCCUAGUGGGUAAGGGGCAUACAUUAUUUACUGAUCGUUUUUAUACAAGCCCUAUUCUUGCAAGAGAAUUAGAAAAGUAGAAGACAGGCCUUGUUGGAGCUGUUUGAAGAACAGGAGGGGGAUGCCUCAGGCACUGAAAUCAUCUAACAUACAAAGAGGUGAGCAGAUUUUCUGUAGGAAAGGGAAUGUUUUAGCUGUAUGUUGGAAAGAUAAAAGAAAUGUAUACAUGCUAAACACCAGACAUCAAGCUGAAAUGAUAUGUUAUGAAGACAGAAGGGGUAAGGAAAAAAUUAAACCUACCUGUGUUGUGGAGUACAAUAACAAAAAGAUUGGGGUUGAUCUAUCUGAUCAGAGGAUGUCGUAUGGGGAUUUUGAACACAGAACAGUGAAAUGGUGGAGAAAACUUGCAUUUCAUUGUUUCCUUAUGUGUUUGGUGAAUGCGUGCAUUCUCCACAAUAAGGUAAAAAGUAAGAAGAUAUCUUUGUCUAAGUUUGUGAAGGUAUUAGGUGCAUAACUAACAAUAUGUGAAGACACUCCCAGACGACAAUCUGUUGGUGGACACCUAAGUAGACUAUCUACAGGAAAGCAUUUCCUGGAAAAAAUACCACCUCCACCAGGUAAAGGAAGAAUCCAGAGAAUGUGCAAAGUAUGCUCAGUGAAAGGAAAAAAGGAAACAGGAAAGUCUACAAGAAGAGACACGACAUACCAGUGCAGCAAGUGCAGAAUCACAAUGUGCAAAGAACCAUGUUUCAGAAUAUAUUACACGAAAAAACAUUAUACUUUGUGAAUCUAUUAUGUAACAAUUUAUAAUA